AUGGUCAAAGGAGACUCAGGCAAGAGACUCGAAGACAACUACGAGUACCAGAAGCCCACCCCACCGCAAAGGAUGGCAAACCCAAAGAAAAACACCAUGGUCAACACUCUCCCUGACUAUGUGAUCUUCAACACGAUGGUCUAUCUUCUAGUUCGAAGCGCAACCCCACAAGAGCUCGAGAUCACCUACGUUGCCAUACCAGAGCGAGAGGUAGAGUUGACAGACGAUUGCCCAGAUAAUGUGACCUUCGCUGGAUGUCUUUACACCUACUCAAUCCUACAUGAGUCAACCCUUGCAGCGGACAAGAUAGGACAACAUGUAAAAGUCGCUCCGGUACGGACCAUCGGUCAACCCAUAACCGUCGAACCUCCUCGCCGCUCGACUAGGGUUAGUACCAACAAGGGUGGUCCGCGUAUAUCUCUACCUUCGAGUCUCGCUCGCCUACGACUACAAACCACUAGCUCGGAUACUCCUCUUUCCACGGUAGCUCCACACAUAUCCCUACCUGAAAGCUCAACUCAGAAUGGUACAUCGCAAACUCCCCUCCUUCGUCCCACUCCCGGCUUUCCUUCCAGUAGCCAUCCGCCAGCAAAUCCUCCCGCCAAAAAAGCGCUAGCUGCACAGUCUUCAGAAUCCGAGGCUGAAGAUACCUCAGCCCCGAAGCGGCGCGGCCCGCUGCCCGGCCCGCGACCCAAUUCAGGAUAUCCACGAAUCCAGCAUGACUAUAUCUUCGGCACUCUCCUUACACAAUUCCUUCUCACCAAGAAGCGUCGACCCCGCUACCCAGACUUCCCUCAAAUGCUGUCCGACCUCAACAGACACUUCGAUGGUACCGUGAUUCAGGAGGGAGAAUUGUACCUGCCUGCAGCCAAUGGUAAAAGACGCGCUCGCUCCACUUACACUUACGAACCCCAUCAACUCCGCGACUUAUACCACCAUGUGUUUACAGCUAUGCGCGAAGAAUUGGAUGAAUUGUGUGAGAGAAUCUUGGGUAAGGCUGGGGUCUCAAAGCCUCGCGCUGCGCCAACGAAGAAGUGGAAAGACGAUGACGAGGAUAAGGAUGGUAACGGUGGGUUUGGGAAAGUUGGACCUGUGGUUGUUGAUCCUACCGGACGACUGCCCAAUAUGUACUUCUGA